AUGUACAUGGACUCCGUGCGGGGUUUUAAAUACAAAUGGUAUGUCGUGAGGCCGGUUACCACAGCCGCUUUAGAGUCCCUAUACAAGGAGGAAGCGCCGAUAAGCGACGAUGACAGGGAGGCACUUUUAGACAACGACGGGUAUCCGGUGUUGGGACGCACGACCAAGUUCCCCGUGCAUUGGAUUUAUAGGCAUUACGAGCACGGAACUGGGUAUUAUCAUACUUCUGCGGGCGACAUGGGUUCCGAGGAUGAGAAAGCUUAUGACACUCUUUGUCGGUACGUUGAUAGCUUCCACCCCGCCAGGUGGGCUACGAGGGAGGGGGAAGAUGUCCUGGACGAGGAGGGUUAUCCGACAUUCGAGGCCCGACCGAUCGAUACUAAGGCACUCGUGGAGUGCCAGUCAUUCGGGCAGGCUGCUCGUCUGCUAGGUUCGAUGGCCGGGCGACGGGAGAGACUCUUGAAGUUGUCUUGUGACCAGAGGCGGGGCAAGAGGGUGGUGAAGGCUCCCCAAGCAACGAGGAUGGGCCCGCCGCAUAGUCCGGGCGCUCCUCAUGUGGUGAGGGUGGAUUCGUCGCCUAGCUCGGGGGCUGCUUCGGAAGAGACCCCAGAGGUCCAGGAGGUCGAGCCACAUGUUGACCUGAUACCGAGAAAAAGGAACCGGGUGGAAAGUGGGCCGGCGGUCGGCGAGGAUUCCAACGGCGUAAGGUCCUUCGGGUUGCCCCCUUGCUUCAAAGAGGAGGGUUUCUUCGAGGGGUUCCCUUUGUCCGUGACUGCCGAUGAGGCUGAGGUUAUCAGGAGGAUGAGUAAGGAGGACCGGAGGAGGCACCUGGCUGCCAAUAUGGUCGGGCUGGUGAAAAUGGCCGAAAUGGCCGUUGUGCUGUCCGAGGAAGGGGAGGAUCCUGUCCGCAUUGAAGAAUUGGAACAGGAGAAAGCGACCCUCACCUCGAGUUUACGAAAGUUAAGGACUGCCCUGGAACGCUCCGAGGAGAUGUUCCGCGAGCAGGCAUCGCUGCUGGCUGCCGAGAGAGAGAUGCUGACUCUGGAGAAGGAAAACUCGGGGAAGCUAGCCGAGGAGAGAGAGCUUCUCCGUGCGGAUCGGGAGCGUCUGGAGACCGACAUCGGGGGCCUAACCCAACAGAUCGAGGACCUGAAAGUCUCCAUGCUUCCUGCCGAGGAUGAGCCGGAGGAUAUAGCCGCUUUGAGGAGUCGAUCGGAGCUGGUCGCCCACAUCCGGCUCCUCGAAGCGGAUUGUGUCGGUGCUAUGGAGGAGGGGUUCGACUCCGCGGUCAGCCAACUUUCCUUGCUGAAUCCCGGUUUGAUCACUGAAGGGACGGGCUACAUGUCUCAGAUCGUGGAUGGCGCGAUCGUGCCCCCGCCCGACUCUCCCGUUGUCGGUGAUGAUGGCUCCGGGGAAACUGGAUUGUAA